UAUUUCCCUACGGUGCAAUUUACAUACCUUUUACUUCAGUGCGGUUUUAUUAAACGACUUAAUCCCUGAGAACAUGGUUUUGUCCCCUCCAACGCAGUUCUCACAGACAGCCACUGCAAAAGAGUUAAAUAACGCGCUCAAGCUCACGAGGCAUAUGCCUUUGACACGUAAGAGCCCAAUGGCCCUCCUCCUUAGUUCCAAAGGAUCAACGGACUGGGAGAAAUCAGUCAAAGCUAGGAAAGAUAUUCCUGUGGACGAUGCUCCAGCGGGGUGGCGAAUCCUAGAAAAAGACGAACGCGCUACUAUUACUGAUCCAAGUCAUCCAAAGAAGCCUGGCGCAGGAUUGCUUUCAUUCUGGAACCGCAAGGCAUCAUCAUCAAUACUUUCUGCAGACGCAAAGGUCGAAAAUGCGCGACCACCGUCUAUACCUGCGCGUUCUAGCAUCGAUAACACAAAGCCCCAGGUGCCAGAUAAACGUGAUGUUUCUCCCGUUCGCACUCCAACUAUUUUAGUACCUUCAUCCCCAGUGGCCAGCUCAUCCGCAGCUCCUGAUGUCAUGAUUCCAACGGUCACACCUGCACCAUCGGCCGUUUCGCGCUUUCUGAACCGUUUCUCACGUGCCAGAGGUACUGGAUCUGAGCGCAAGUCUAUUGCUCUGUCAACAGACGACCUUGAUUUCCUUUCCGAUAUUGUGCCAAGUGCACAUGACCCCGAUGACGACACGGAUGAUGCCCCGCUGAAAGCGCUGUCGAGUUUGAUAAAUUCAAAUCCAACACCAUUGCCUACAAAGCUUCCACCCCCACUCGCACCACCACCAAAACCUCCAUCUGUGAAUGCCAGCCGACCCCCUUCCGUCGGUCUGAGUGGCUUGGGCAUUACGCUGGAGCCUGCGCGUAGUUCUCCGCAUCAUGCUUCUGCUCGUGCUCUAUCGCUGCCGCCACCAUUGUCGCCAGUGACGUCAGAGAUGUCGUUCUCGCGUCCGCAUAGCCCGGCGGUACCUCCAAAACCAUCUUCAUCAAUUAAUACAACUUUUUCUGCUUACACCAACCCAAUAAUACCAGCUGCAACAUCCUCGCCACCUCAACCAUCUUCGAGAACGCACUCACCUCUUCAGCUUCCUCCGCCACCCAAGGCGCCUUCUGCACUUUCGAUACCACCACUCCUGCCACCCCCUAUCUCACCGCCGCAGACACCACGGCCCAGCGUGCAUCCCAUACCGGGAGCUACUCUCACAUCAUUCCCAAACACCGGCUGGGCAGCAGCCGCAUUUCAGGAUGAUGACGAUGACGAUGACUCAUUCUCCGCUUUCUCAAACCUCCCACGCGCAGUUCCCUUCCCAGCACCGCGCGAGUCCAUAGACUCAUCUCUCAAUUCACCAUCCUCUGCACAAGCACUGAACUCCAGCAAAUCAUCAAAUUCGAUGUCUUUCGACGACUUUGACGACUUUGUGACUUCAUCGCAGAUCCGUACGCCCUCCCCGCCGCCCGUCCCAGCCAAGCCCUCAAAGAUGAUUGGAGGAGCGGUAGCGGCAAUGCCAAGCUCGCGGCCUGGCACGUCUAUACACAUACGCACGCAGAGUCUUCUCGAACAUGCUGCCACACAGCGCGGGCAGUGGCCAUCCCCACUGAAUGCGCAUUCCAGCCACCCCGUACUGCCACCACCAUCUGCUUCUCCGUCAUUUGGUCGGGAUAUGGAUCUGUUGAGCGAUGGUGGCGCAGUGCUGUCGGCGCCGAAGUUUGGGACACCGCCACCGAAGGUGCAGUCUACAAUGGUACCUCAGUUGUCGCCGUCCCCGCCGCUUGCGCCGUUGCCCCAGCCGCUAUUGUCAUUUGCAUCGUUGUCACCGUCAUCGUCGCGAGCCGAGAGGCCGCCUGCGAAGCCGGUUCAGACGGGUGGGCUGACUGCACAAGAUUUGUCUUUCUUUGAAGGGUUGUGAGCAGUGAGAUUGAAGUAUUGGUUUAUCACGGCGCAGAUAUGUAAUGAUUAAUGAAAUUUGGAAAAUUUUGUUGAGAUAGUUAGUUCCUCCAUUGUCAGCAGGCCUAUUACAUCAGUAAGACACGGCCGAGUUCUCCAUAGGGAGGUAA